AGCCGGAAGUCCCGAGAGCUCGGGCGGUAGAGAUGGAGGAGAGCGAGUACGAGUCGGUUCUGUGUGUCAAGCCAGAGGUCCAUGUCUACCGCAUCCCGCCGCGGGCCACCAACCGUGGUUACAGGGCCUCAGAGUGGCAGCUGGACCAGCCAUCGUGGAGUGGCCGGCUGCGGAUCACUGCGAAAGGGAAGGUGGCCUACAUCAAGUUGGAAGACAGGACCUCUGGGGAGCUCUUCGCGCAGGCCCCCGUGGACCAGUUUCCCGGCACUGCUGUGGAGAGUGUGACGGACUCCAGCAGGUACUUCGUUAUUCGCAUUGAAGAUGGAAACGGGCGACGUGCUUUUAUUGGGAUUGGCUUUGGGGACCGAGGGGACGCCUUUGACUUCAACGUGGCAUUACAGGACCAUUUCAAGUGGGUGAAGCAGCAGUGCGAGUUUGCAAAACAAGCUCAGAACCCAGAGGCAGGCCCCAAGUUGGACCUGGGCUUCAAGGAGGGCCAGACCAUCAAGAUCAACAUCGCAAACAUGAGAAAGAAGGAAGGAGCAGCUGGGACCCCAAGAACCAGGCCCGCCAGCACAGGAGGGCUGAGCCUGCUGCCCCCUCCUCCAGGGGGCAAGACUUCUACCCUCAUCCCUCCCUCUGGCGAGCAGUUGUCUGUGGGGGGCUCUCUGGUUCAGCCAGCAGUUGUUUCUGGUUCAGGAGGUGCCACAGAACUCUGGCCACAAUCUAAGCCUGCUGCCGCUGCCACUGCUGAUAUCUGGGGCGACUUCACCAAAUCCACAGGGUCCCCCUCUGGCCAGGCUCAGCCAGGCACCGGCUGGGUCCAGUUUUGACCUGCACAACUUUUUCCUCAGCCGACUUCUGGGACGGAGCUGCCUCAUCCUGGCCCAUGGAAGGAGGCAGAGUCCUCCCUGGCUGGUCUCUGGCUCUUUCCUGGCUGUCUGACAGCCUGAGCACAAGAAGCAGUAAGUUGGCACCGUGCCACACUGUUGCUGGGGCUCAAGUGCUGCUCAGCCAGAACACGGGAGCAAACACUCCGGGGCGCCGAGCCCAUCGCCCUCCUCACUGAGACCCAGACCUGCCUUCCUCCACCAAGAGAUCCUUAUUAAACACAGACCCCAAACACAGAAUGCAUUGAAUUUGUGGCCUGGGUUCAGCUCUGCUUCUCGGGUUGGCAGGUGUCCCAGAUUCGCUGUUGGGCAGGGCACUUCUGCACUCUGUUCAUAGUAGCUGGUGUCAGGUAACUUCCAGAGGAGACCUUCCUGGCUGCUAGUGAGUCUUUGAGCCGCAGCUUGAAUGGGCUGUCGGGGGCACUGAAAGGAGUAAGCAGCUUUUUGAAAAUGUUCACACAUUGCUCUGCUAAUACGCUGACCCGCACUAAUAUGCACCCUUGUGAGGGACCCACCUUGGCGAGGGCCUCUGACUCAACCCUUCUGCCCUGAGCCCAGUAGGCAGCAGUGGGAGGCAGCCUGCAUACCUGGCUUUCAUUUCUUCCAACCUCAGAUGAGGCAGGCUCCGGAAGCCAGCUGCACAGUGCUGUGGGGAAAUUGAAGCAUCACAGACUGGGCCAGGCUGCCUGUCUUCUGGUUCUACUCCGAGUUCACAGGUCCAUGAUGUAGCUGACCCACUUGGCUUUCCUGGGUGGCUUCUGGAGGAGCAUAUCUGUACAUACAUCCUUUUCCUUCAGACACUGUGACAGAGGGAGCUCUGUCAGCUGGAAGUUCAGGCCACCAGGAGGAGUGACUUAUAAGAAAUUACUGUCUCCUCAGUGAACCUUCUUGUUUUCUUUAUAGACUUAACCUUACCUUCAGUUAAAAGGUUUCUUUUUUGAAGGGUCAAGACUGUGCUGACCUUGUGGGACCAGAGUUUUAAAGAUGGAAAAAAAAAUAAAUGUUUUUACUUCUCUACUA